AUCUCCGCAUCCGCUCGUUCGUACAGUGAAGGCAGACGAAGGAAAUCGAAAAGAAAAAAGAGAAGAAAUAUCCUGGCGAUGUCUAGUGCUUCUGCAUCCCAGCUGCAAUCGCAGCUCCAGUCUCAGCAGCACCAGCAGGUGCAGGCUCAAAUCCAGGCUGCCCAGCAACAGCAGCACCAGGCACAGCUUCAAGCGCAGUUGCAGACGCAGCAGCAGCAACAGCAGAGGGCAGCGGUCUCUGCAGCGCUGGCCACAGAUGACGAGAGCAAGAUCUAUGCGUGGAUCUUGGAGUUGAUGCAGGGACCCUCGCGGGAACAGGCUCUGCUGGAACUGUCAAAGAAGCGCGAACAGUUUGAGGAUCUUGCGUUGAUUCUGUGGCAUUCCUACGGAGUGAUGGCUACGCUUUUGCAGGAAAUCGUUGGCGUGUAUCCCGCGCUGUCUCCUCCUACGCUGACGUCGUCGACCUCGAAUCGGGUGUGCAAUGCACUGGCUCUUUUGCAGUGCGUAGCAUCACAUAACGAGACCAGAUCACUGUUCCUCAACGCCCACAUUCCGCUAUUCCUCUAUCCGUUCCUCAACACUACCUCGAAGACGCGUCCGUUCGAGUACCUCCGACUUACUUCUCUCGGUGUUAUUGGAGCUCUCGUGAAGAAUGAUUCGCCAGAUGUGAUAAAUUUUCUCCUGUCGACCGAGAUCAUUCCGCUCUGCCUGCGGAUCAUGGAGUCGGGAUCCGAGCUUUCAAAAACAGUGGCUAUAUUUAUUGUCCAGAAGAUUUUGCUGGACGACACCGGACUCGCGUACAUCUGCCAAACGUAUGAGCGAUUUUAUGCGGUCGGCACUGUCCUGGGCAACAUGGUCACACAGUUGGUUGAGCAGCAGACAGUGAGGCUGCUGAAGCACGUAGUGCGAUGCUAUCUGCGUCUGAGCGAUAACCCGCGCGCGAGAGAGGCCUUGAGACAGUGUCUUCCGGAGCCCCUGCGAGAUGCCACGUUCAGUCACGCGCUGAGAGAUGACGCGACAACGAAGCGGUGUCUUGCUCAAUUGCUGGUUAACUUGGCGGACAACUACGAUUGAAGAGAGGAAUGCUGAUGAGGUAUUUAACAUGUGACAGUCGACGACGAUGAUGAUGACUUUGUUUUCGAACUUGGUUUAUAUGGGGGUGAACAGAGCGUCAUUGAUGAGGCAGGGCGAGCCGGGCAAAAGGCAGCCAACAAAAUUUCAAAUUACAAACCGCGGCCCAAGGCAAAGGAAAGCCAAGCAAAUGAAAGAAGCAGAGGCGGUAAAACGAAUGAGGAAAGAAAGUUAGAAAACAGGACUGGCUGCGAUGACGGUCUGGAGCUGAACUCUGGGGGCGACGAGCAGCAGCAGGGAUUGAAUGACCGAAUGACAGGAAGAAGCUGAGCGGUGAUUGUAUACCAUCUGUAUUUAGAAGCUGCUGAGCACCACAGGGACAGGCUCAGCAGCAAUUGUGUAUAACUGAUUGACUUGUAUUGUAAUUUAAAUCCAUAUCGU